AUGUCACGUUCUUCCAUGUCCCCUGCUGAGGAGGGCACCAACGGACCGCCCAUCAGCACCCGCGGCCGAAGACGAUCGCAUCACGCCUGUUUGACUUGCAGACGAAAGAAGACGCGCUGUCCCGGCGAGAAACCAGCCUGCUCGAGCUGUGUCCGCCUCAAACAGUCCUGCUCUUACCCCCCGGCAAUCAGGCCCUCCCAGAGCGGCCCUUCGGAGGAGAGAUUGGCCCACCUGGAAGAGAAGCUCGACUUCCUACUUAAUGGCAAUUUGCCUACAUCACAACCGCCUAAACUAUCACCCCAGAACCACAUUCAGCAGCCCCAGCAACAACCCCAACAGCAACUCGAAUCCCCCCAAGAAACAACAGACACGUCUGAAAAGUCCUACUCGGGCGUGCGAAACACGCGCGAGCAAAGCUACCCUACCAGCCAUCCCUCGGUGAAAUCCGAGUCAGAAAACUCGUCCCUGCGACCCAGCCCUUCCGAUAUUGCCGGCGGCAUUGCACUCUACUUUGAGUACUGCCAUCGACAGCCAAUAUGGUGUUUUGAGCGCGACGAGAUCAGUGAUUUUGCCUCCAUGCAUGAUGAGCUUGCGUGCAGCAUUCUCGCCCUGACGUUGCGCUACUCUGAGAACGCGGACCAGGCCAAGUUGUUUGCCAACAAUGCAAAGAGCCUUGUCAUGCUGAGGAUUGCGAACGGGACUGUGGAUCUUGCGACGCUUGAGAGCCUGUGUCUUUUGGCGUACUCUUCAUUUAUCGUGACAGAUGGAAAUGUCCACCUUGGCCAAUUCCACCUCGGUCUUGCAUUCCAGUUAUGUCGCUCCGCCAUGCUGGAUGUUGAGAAUGCGUACCGCCUUCAAGACCCCAUGGCCGAUCGCAAGAAGAGGCUAUUCUGGAGUCUGCAGAUGCUUGAGCAGUCAUACGGUCGCCAGGAAGGACUCUUGAGCGUGUCAACCGAGAUUUGGCGCCCUUCUUACUCUACAACCCGUGGGCCUGUGCCAGAACUCGACCCCAGAGCUCCCAAUCUACCCCGCGAUGACCUUGGAUGCCACCAUCCAAACGAACCUGGCAUCUGGAACACGAGCGUGCAUCUCGGUUGGGUAUGGAGUCAAGUGAGAAAAUACGUCUUUGAUUGCGCACACAACAACAUCAAGGAACCAUGGCGUCACGACUCAAUGUAUGCCAAAGUCCUCGCCGACUUUAUGGAGACCGAGAACAGAAUACCAAUGUGUCAUCGCUACGACACAGUCAAGUUCUACGAGCGCAAAGUGGAAGAUCUCAAGAUGCACCGCGACUACUGGGCGCCCUGGCUGAAGGAGCAGUUCACAUACCACGUCAUUCCCACAGUUCUCAACCACCCUUUCUUGUACAUUGUCGGCGCGCAGCACAACCCCAACCUUGCCAUCCCAAACACAUUUUGGAGACGGUCUUCAGAGCUGGCCUUGCUGCACUCAACGUGGAUCGUUCGCAUGAUUGAUAUGGUGGUCGACAAGCAAGUGCCUCUUGCAGAUCCCUUCUUUGGCCAUGUUGCAGCUAUUGCGGCAACGGUGCACCUGUACUACUGCUGUGCAGCUGCGGCAAGACUAAAACACAAGUCCAACGCAGAUUUUGCAAAGUGUAGAAGAUUUCUCAAGACCUUCCUGCCUACCUCGGCUGCUUGUAGGGCACUGGAUCGUAAUCUGGAUAAGAUGACGCGCAUCGCUGCGGGCACAACUGAUAGCAUGGAUGUGGAAGAUUGGAUGCCUUCCAAGAUCUACCUCAGCGUGCCUCUGAUGUGGAAGAUCCUGCAGUUCAACACCGUGGCAGACUCACAAGAUCUGCCAACUGCCGGCCUCCUCAAUCAGUCUCUGGUCCCCAACCACAUGAAAGAGGACGCCAACGAGAAUGUCACGCUGGAGAUAAUCGUUGCCAGCGCACCGGAAAUAACAAUCAACACUGCCGAUGGUGGUCAGGAAGCGCCCACGCUAUCCUACAAGGCGCCGCUGUCUUCGCAGGGUCCAGACUCGGCGCGGGACACAGUCUACGACGAGAUCCCCGUGGAGGACAGUCUAACGCUGUGCACCACCCCGUGGCUCUACGCAGACUCUUCACAGUUUGUCAACAUUGCCGACAUGGGCUGCGAAGACCCGCAACCCGCACUUAGUGAGAACAGAGGGCCUGCAUGGUGGGAGGGCGAAAACUUUAGUAAUAUCAUGUUUAAUCACUUUUAG